GAACUAGUUAAGUUAGUGAUUUUUAUAUUUAGUUUUUAGUAUAUUUAUCAAUAGAUUAUAUAGUAUAAUGGUUAAGUGGAAUGAUGUGUGGUUGGAAAAGUUAGACAAAAAUCUAGUGAAAAUCCAAUUAUGGGCUGAAAAAAGAAACUCUGAAUAUGCUAUCUGUAAACUAUGCAAAAGUGAUUUAAAAUUCAGUUCAGUUGGUUUCCAAGCACUAUAUCAGCAUUCUUCAAAACCUAAACAUAAGUCAGUGUCUGAUCUAAGAUUUUCAAAAACUGCUAGUCAUUUAUAUGUAGAUUCUAACAAAAACUCAAUUGGGGGAGAAAAAGUUAUACAAUUAGAGUUCUCUACAAAUGAAAAAAUUUCUGCUGCAGAAGCCAUGUGGCUUUUUAAAGUGGCAGAGAAUGAUCUUGCCUUAAGACAUUGUGACAACACACCAAUAUUGUUCCAAAGAAUGUUUCCAGAUAGUAAAAUAAGUCAUGGUUUUACUAUGAGUCGGCAAAAAGCUUCAUAUAUUUUGCAAGAUGGCCUUGGGCCAUUGUUGGAAAAGCGUUUAUGUAAUAGUAUCACGUUAAGUCAAGUUGCAUUCACUUUAAUGUUUGAUGAAACAACUACUUCACAACAAAGAAAACAAAUGGAUCUUUUAUGUCGUUUUUGGUCAGAAGACGAAAACCAAGUUGUUACAAAAUAUUUAACAUCGCUGUUCUUUGGCAGAGCAACAGCAGAAGAUGUCAAAACAAUGCUAGCAGAUUUACGUCAUAAUGAAAGGUUUUAUUUACCAUGGGAUCGUCUUUUUAAUAUUUCAGCAGAUGGUCCUAAUAUUAACAAAGCCAUUUGGAGAUUGAUAAUUGCUGAUCUUCAUAGUAACGGUUUUAAUGGCUUGUUACCAUUUGUAAGUUGCACUUUGCACACAGUGCAUAAUGCUUUUCGAAAAGCAAUUAAUGUUGUCGGUGAGGAUGCUGAGCAGCUUGCAUUUGAUUUACAUAACUGGUUCAAGAAUGCACCCUGUAAAAUAGAAGAUUUUAAAAAAUUAUCAGAUUGCAUUUUUAUUGAAGAUGAAACAUUGUUUCUUCGUUUUGUCAAUACUAGAUGGCUCACUCUUUCUUCUUCACUUAUAAAGGUUCUAUUAAGGUGGGAAGACACCAAGAAAUAUUUUUUGGAAUAUAUUCCAAAACAAAAGGAAUAUAAAAAGACACUGACAAACAACAAGCGUUAUAUUCGAAUUCAAAGAAGUCUUAGGGAAACUGAAAAUGAGUUACUUGUGUCCAUCAAAUUCCUUAUUGGUUUAGCUCCCUUGUUUGAGAAAUACUUGACAAUAUUUCAAGAUGAAGGACCACUUGUUCAUAUUUUAUUUUAUAAAAUGAAAAAUCUUUUAAUAUCUUUAAUGAAACGUUUUCUUCAACCGAAUGCUGUUAAUGGAAAGCUUACUAAAGAUCUUUUGAAAAUUGAUUCUUCUGAUUCAACUAUCCACCUUGAUUUGAAUAAAAUGGACUUUGGCGAGGAAGCUAAAAACCAGGUGAACAAAAUAUCAUGUGAAAAAAAAAGAUUUGUCUGCUUACAGCAAAUGAGAGAUGGAUAUAUAUCUGUUGUAAAACACUUGAAAAAAAAACUUCCACUUGAUUCGCAGAUAUUAAAAGAUAUGACUUGUUUGGGUGCUCAAAUGAGAUCAGAACCUUGGACUGUUAAUGCAAUUGGGCGAAUAGCAGUUACGAUGCCACAUGUAAUUACGGAAAGGGAGGUAUCAUUUGUGAAAGAUGAAUGGAAAUUAUACCAAGCAGCUAAUAUAUCAAAAGACUGGUAUAUAGAUUUUGAUACAAAAAAACUAAAAAGAGUAGACCAUUAUUGGGCUAAAGUUUUUGAAAGUAACAAUGAAUAUGGAAAAACAAAGUAUGGGUAUCUCAGUAAAGUUGUUAAGAGCUGUUUAACAAUUCAGAAUGGAAAUGCCAGUGCUGAGCGAAGUUUAUCUGAUAACAAAAAUACAUUAACUCCUGAGAGAGUAAAUCUAAAUGAUGAAACAUUAAUGGCUUUGAGAAUAUCAAAAGAAUAUGCAAGAAGUUGCAGAGGAGCAUAUAAUGUUGAUGCACUCUCCAAAGACUUUGUUCAAGCUGUUCAAAAUGCUCAUAAAAUAUAUAAAAAAAGAAAAGCUGAAGAAGACGAAGAAAAAAGAAAAAAUUAUAUUCAUGAGCAAGAACUAAUGAAUAAAGAAAAAGAGCAGAAAGAAAUGCUUGAAAAAGUUGAAAAUAAAAAUAAAAAUUUAGAUCAACAGGAAAAAAGUCUAAAGAAUGAUGAAAAAAAUGCAGAUCUUGAGUUUCAGCUUGCUCAGAGAAUGCUCGAUGAAGCAGCAAAAUCCAUGCAAAGUGCCAUUAUUAAGGAAGACAUGAUGGGUAUAAAAAUUGCCCAUGAAAUGGUAAACAGCGCAAAAAGAAGUCUUGAAAAUGCUACAUCUCAUAGAAAUGAACAGAAAAAGUUGAGAGAAAAUAUUGGUUUAAAACGUAAAAGUGAAAUGGAUAGAUUAAUUAAGCGUUGCAAAAAGUUAAAGUAGUCGUUAAAAGUUUGAAAGUUUUUGUAAAUAUAAUAGAGCUUGAACUGUUAGUUCAGUUAUAAUUAUUUAGCAAAAUUUAUUUAUUUAUGUUAAUUAUUUUAGACUUUAGAAAAAACGUUUUAUUCUGUGUUAAACAACAAAAAGAUGUCGAGAUUUUCAUUUUUAA